CCUUGCCUGGCUAGAGAAUAAAAAAAAAACUGGGUCUCAAGAACUUGGCUGGACUUUGCUGCCAAAAAGAGUGAAAGAAGCGGGGCCCAUUUCAUUCCUUGCUCUCCUUGACCCUUGAUUUACCCCUUUUAAGCGAAUGACAAGCAAUCUCUUCCCUUGGUAUCAAGUAAAAAAGUAGCAGCCUGUUAAACAUUUCAUUCCCAAAGAGCUGACAGAAAAAGGAAUAUGGAUUGUUUCAGCUUCCUUACAGUCUUUGCAUGAGCACAUAUUCUCACUUCAUUUAAACGGCAUUCCUGUUUUUCAAUCUUCCUGAGUUGAUAUAUGUACAAAAAAGAAAAAAUUCAAGUACGGGGAGAGUGAAAGAAACAUCAUCACAGUUGAGAAAUCAAUCUUUGUCUGUGAAAGGGAGAUGCUGAAGCAGAAUUUCAAGGUCUGCCUGUGUUGGAGGAGAAUAUUCAAGACAAGGGUAGUUGAGCCACCUUUAGAUGUUAAGAACGUGUUCUACCGUUACUCACCAGGUGGAAUGAUGACAAUUGAUGAACUGCUGAGGUUUCUGAUUGAACAUCAAGGAGAAAAGAAUGCCACCAAGGACGAUGCGCAGGCCAUUUUUGAUAGCCUCAAGCAUCUCAACAUCUUCCACAGAAGGGGCCUCCAUUUAGAAGCCUUCUUUAGAUAUCUCCUUGGUGACCAUAACCUUGUUCACCCUCCAUCUCAAAAGGUGCACCAUGACAUGGAUGCUCCAUUGGCACAUUAUUUCUUAUUCACGGGCCAUAACUCCUACUUGACUGGGAAUCAACUCAGCAGUCCCAGCAGUGUCGAACCGAUUAAAGAUGCUCUACUUAAAGGUGUAAGAGUAAUCGAAUUGGAUCUGUGGCCAAAUUCCAAGGGAACUGAUGCGGAAGUUCGUCAUGGCGGGACUCUCACUCCUCCUGUGGACCUCCAAAAAUGUUUGCAAGCAAUUAAGGAGAAUGCAUUUACUAAUUCAGAAUAUCCUGUUGUGAUCACUUUUGAAGACCACUUGAAUUCAAAUCUUCAGAUAAAAGUGGCUAAGAUGGUCAAAGAAACAUUUGGAGAAAUGCUCUACUGCACCAAAUCAGAAAAUUUAGAGGAAUUUCCUUCACCAGAAUUUCUGAAGAAAAAGGUACUGAUUUCAACCAAACCCCCGAAGGAGUACCUUGAAGGCCAGACCAUUGAGGAAAAAAAAAGGAAAAAAUCAAAAAGCAGAGCAGGGGAAGACGUUUCAGAAAAUGAGAGUGCAACUGCAAGAAAUGAACGUCAAACUAGUAGACAGAAUCCACCAGAUGAAGCAGAACAUGUUCCGGAUGAAGAUGAGGAGAAGGCUGUGAAUCAAUACAGGGAACUAAUUGCCAUACAUGCAGGGAAGCUGAAAGGUGGAUUAGAAAACUGGCUGAGUGAUGAUCCUAAGAAAGUCAGACGGCUUAGCUUGAGUGAGCAGGAGCUUGAAAAUGCUACUAAAACACAUGGAACUAAAAUUGUCAGGUUCACUCAGCGGAAUUUGCUUAGGGUGUAUCCUAAGGGCACACGCCUUGACUCAUCUAAUUAUAAUCCUUUUGUUGGAUGGAUGCAUGGAGCUCAAAUGGUUGCAUUUAAUAUGCAGGGCUAUGGAAAGCACCUCUGGGUAAUGAAAGGAAUGUUUAAAGCCAAUGGUGGAUGCGGCUAUGUGAAAAAACCUGACUUUUUAUUGCAUAGGGGUCCAAAUGAUGAGGUUUUUAAUCCUAAUGAGGAAUUGAGCGUCAAGACUGUUAUGACGGUGAAAGUUUUCCUAGGAGAAGGUUGGCAUCAGGAUUUCCACCACACAGCAUUUGAUCGCUAUUCUCCACCGGACUUCUAUGCAAGAAUUGGAAUUGCUGGCAUUCCAGCAGAUCGAUCUUUAAAGGAAACAGAAAUAAUUGAAGAUGAAUGGUUACCUGUAUGGAACGAGGAGUUUGAAUUCCUGUUACAAGUUCCUGAAUUGGCUGUGCUUCGGAUUGAAGUCCUUGAGUAUGACACUACAGGGAGACCUGAUUUUGGAGGCCAAACAUGUUUGCCUGUAUCAGAGUUAAGAACUGGGAUCCGGACGGUUCCAUUACAUAACAAAAAGGGUGAUAAGUACAAGCAUGUCAGGCUUCUUUUAAGCAUCAAAUUUGGGCUACCUUAUGAUUUCUGACUACUGAGAUUUGUUUAAUAUUUGUAAUGAUUAUCAUACACUGCAAACACUGCUCAAUGACAUUCCUCAAUCUAUUAUGUAUUUCCCUCAUAAAUCAACAGAGAAACCUCACAAGGUGCAUAUAGUCUUGGAUUGAAUCACCACCA